AGAAACUUUCUGAAAAGAGUAGAUAGUACACAUUGUGUGUUAAGGGAUGCAUCGACUCUACAAGAUUUUCCCAAAGCGGUAAGCGGGGUGGUUGUGGAAAAAAAAAUAACUUUCGCCAACGAUCGCUCCAUGGUACCAGCAUCACAACAGCAGCAUGUCUCUGCAACUGUAGCCAAUGUUGCAUGUAUUACACUUCCCUUCAUUUAUGUAGCGGGAUUCUAUCUAUUCCUAGACGAGAAAAAUGCAAAACUAUCGAGAAACCAUCCCGUCAUUAUACGGAAUCGGAUCAAGUCUGUUACGCUUGCUUCCAUCGUUGCAGCUAUUCUUGUAUGGCUCAUUGUGCCGUUCGCGUCGCUCAAUUACUCGAUUUUUCAAGCUCUCGGGCUAUCCUUGCCAAGCUCGGUUCCCGAACUGGUUGCAUUGACGGGCCCUGUAGUGCUGACAACAAUACUAUUUCUCGGACCACUUGUCCAGCUCUUUUUUGAGCAAAGUCUUCCAUUCCAAUCCAAUUUCGACUUUGGACGCGAUGUCAAGAAUGUGUUCUUGUCGUUGCUUGGUCAACGAAAUUAUGUCGUGGCACCGAUGACAGAAGAGUUCGUAUUCCGUGCAUGUAUGAUUGCGAUCUUGUACCAUGCAGGUUGGUCCUUGACCUCCCUUGUAUAUAUCUCGCCAAUGUUCUUUGGUCUAGCACAUCUGCAUCAUGCUUGGGAAAAGUAUCACCAAUGGGGUGCGGGUGCCAAAGCACUCAAACUCGUAGUAAUCUCAUCGCUGUUCCAAUUCUGUUAUACCACCGUAUUUGGGUGGUAUGUCAGCUUUGUGUUUCUGCGCCUAGGCAGCAUCUGGCCUCCUAUAGUGUGUCAUACGUUCUGUAACAUAAUGGGGUUCCCUGAUAUCAGCGAGAUCCAACUCCAAGCUCCGGCAAAGCGCGCAGUGAUCAUGUGCUCGUUCGUGAUGGGCGCAUUCCUGUUCUACUGGUUGUUGUAUUCAUUCACUGAUCCUUUGAGUGCAGACGGGUCAUUAUAUUGGCCUGCAGCUUGAUAUAUGUAUAUAUAUAUAUAUAUGUGUAUACUGUGUAUAUUCCAAUUCAUAGAAACGAAGAAAAGAGAGAGUGUGUAUAUGAAUAAAAGUCGUGUAGGGUAUGCUUUUGUUUUUGUGAGGGUAAGACUGGAAGAAAAG